AUGGCUAUUUCGACAGCACCUCCAGCUUCAACGUCCACCUCGGACAUAUCCAACGAAAAGACAGACCAACAAACCAAUCAACAUGUCGAAACCACGACGCCAACUACACCCCCCUCUGAAGUCGACCUUCAAACCGAUGGGAAGCUCAGCAAAGAAACCAUCCUCGCCAUCAUCGCACUAUGCGGCCAGAUCAACGCCUACGUAAUGACAAUGCUCAUCCCCUCCACAACCCUCCCCUACAUCAACGCCGACCUCGGGCCCUCCCCGAACUCGACCUGGAUCACCGUCACCUGGACCCUCGGCGCCUCCAUCCUCGUCUCCGUCGGCGGCCGCCUCUCCGACAUCUUCGGCCGGCGCUACUUCAUGAUGACCGGCGCCGCCGUCUCCAUCGUCGGCACCCUCGUCGGCGCCACCGCCGGCUCCAUCAACCAGAUGAUCGUCUCCGGCGCCCUCUUCGGCAUCGGCUCCGGCUUCCAGGAGCUCUGCUACGCCUGCGUCCAGGAGUGCGUGCCCAACCGCCACCGUGUCAAAGCCGUCGGCGGUCUCGACGUCUCCCUGGCGCUCGCUUUCACCUCCCCGCUCGUGAGCUACGCCUUCAUCGCCCACCAGGACAUCGGCUGGCGCGGCGCGUAUUGGUACCUCUUCGCCUUCCACUGCGCCGCCUUCGUGCUGCUGUUCCUCUUCUACCGCCCGCCCGACUUUGAGAUGAAGCACCGCAGGAAUGGCAAGACGCGGCUGCAGCUUCUGGCGCAACUCGACUACGUCGGCGUGUUCCUCUUCAUGGCCGGCGGCGUGCUGUUCCUGCUGGGCAUCAACUUUGGCGGGCGGACGUAUCCGUGGACGCACCCGGGCACGAUCGCGCCCAUCGUGCUGGGGGUUUGCUGUUUUGUUGGUGUCGGCGUCUGGGAUGCGUUUGCUGAGCUGGAGUACCCGCUGUUCCCUCCCAAGUUGUUCAGGCGUGUGAGAGAGUUCGACAUGGUCAUGGUGGUAUGCUUCGUCGGGGGCAUGCUGUACUACAGCAUGAACGUCCUCUGGCCCAGACAGUCGCAAGCCUUCUUCGUCGGGCCGGAGGAGACCAUCCUGAGAGGAGUCUACGCGACUGUGUUCUCCUGCGGCACCUGGACCGCCGGCUUGAUCACCGUCUUCAUCUGCUCGCGCCUGCACCACGAGAAAUGGCAGCUGGUCGGAUUCACCGUCGUACAGACUGCUCUCAUCGGCUCAAUGGCGUCUGUCGGAUCCAACGACCGCGCCCAAGCCAUCGUCACGGUCGUGAUCACAGCCAUCACCAUAACACCGCCCCAGCUGCUCUCUUUCACGAUGCUGUCCUUUGGAUUGGAAGACCAGAACGAUUUGGGCGUAGCAGUCGGUCUGGCUGGGACAUUCCGCCUCUUCGGCGGCGCAGUAGCAACGGCAAUCUACACAGCAAUCUACUCCUCUCGCCUCGCCGACGUGUUGCCCGGCGAGAUGAAGUCGGCAAUCGACGCCUCGGGGGUUGACUUCUCCGAGUCGCUGCUGGCCGGCCUGGUCAAGGCGGCGGGGACGAAUACGGCGGCAGCGUACGGCGCCGUCGCCGGGGUCACGCCGCGGCUGACGACGUUGGCGAUCGAGGCGACCAAGCAGUCGUACGUUGCGGGCUUUCGGCUCGUGUAUCUUGUGGCUAUUGGGUUCGGCGUUGCGGCGACGGUGGCGUCGAUGUGUACCGUCAGUACGGACAGGGCGAAGAAGAACAAUGAGCGGGCAAUCGUAUUGAAGAAUGAGCUUGGAAAGGACGAGAACAUGUCAAAGGUUGUAUGA